AUGAAAAACAGUGAGUUUUACAAAUGGAAUUUGGAUUUCACAACAAAAGUUCUUGCUGAUAAAUUCCCAUUCAGUUUUAUUUGGACCAUUAAGCCAUCAGAAAUGGAAGUAGGGACAUACGGUGUGUAUAAAAAUUUUGUUGAAUCAACCAACUAUGGAAUACCGUUGCAUUAUGCAAAUCAAAAAUCUUGGGUUCAUCUCUGUCAUUUGUUAAAAAGUGCAAUUAAGAAUUUGUCAGAUGGAAAACUACUUGAUCAUGGCACAUGUUACAAAUAUGAAUCUAUCAUAGAUCUGCCAUUAAUCUUAAUUGGUUUCAGUAAAGGGUGCAUUGUUCUUAACCAGCUGCUUUAUGAUUGGGAUGGUGAAGUCAACAGUUGUGAUGCUUUACAGCUAUUCAUGAAUAAAAUGAAAAAGAUUUAUUGGUUAGAUGGAGGUCAUGCCGGUUCUUCGUGCUUUUGGGUCACAGACACUGUUAUCUUAAAGCACUUGGUUUUAAAAAACAUACAACUUGAAAUUCAUGUAACACCAUUUCAGAUUAUGAACAGGCACAAACCAGUUGUUGCCAAAGAAUAUAAAAUAUUUCUCCGAAUUUUGAAUGAUUUAAAAGCCAACAUUACAAGCAAGGUACAUUUUGAAAACCAAGAACCCUCAAUUGAAAAUCAUUUUUCUUUAUUACUAUCAUUUGUGUAA